AUGACCUCUCAAAUCAUCUCUGACCAGACGAGCCUCUCUGAGAAGUUGCAGCUCUUACAGGAGCUCAGCUACUCCAUUCUUGACCUACCCUCAAAGGGCGCCAAGGUUCGCAGCAACAGCGAAAUCCGCUAUUCAAGGACAAAAUCCGAGAUUCUUAUCCUCGACGUUAUCGCUAUAUGUCUGACCACUGGAGAACCCGGAGAUGUAGUUGCCGUGGCUUUUGACAGACGGGAACAUCUCAGCCUGGUGUUGGCGAAGAAUGGUCCUCCCACUCUCGAGGACGAGCUCGCCACACGGAACCUCAUUAGUGCCAUUACCGAUCCUGAAGUAGCCUAUGCGACGGACAUCUUUUACACCCCGCUCUCGCGCUGCCGGGUGAACAUGGAGAAGCGGAUGAACAACCUACACCAAUCCAUUUCCCACUUCGGCGUGUACUCCCGCAAAGGGGAGUCGAAAUCCACGACGAAGUCUAUCGAAGAGGAGUUUCCCGGCUCGACCCCAGUUUCGGCGCGAGAACUACAAAGAUAUCGAGCCAUCCUUUCAUACAAUGCUCGACGAUCUUCUAAAAACCUCUUAAAUGCGGCUCAGAAGUGGAGGGUGGAGAAGUUGAAGAGGCGUUUGGCCAAGGUCUGCCAAUAUUACGGUGGCGUCACAAAGCUUAUCAAACGAUACUUUCCUGAUGGACAUAUUCCCUAUCGCUGGGUCAAUGACUACUUCAUUGGCUCGGGAGAGGGUCAAUUCAAGCUUUGCGAUCACUAUCUGGAGGCGGUGCAGCGUGCAUUUGGAUUCCCCUUGUCUCCGCAGACGGUGGAUGCACUCCGGGAGCAAAAGUUUCCUGAUAUACUCAGUAAUUGGGCACUAUCAACACAUACUACACGUACGUUCACGCGGAACUUCGCCUCAUUCUUCACCUUAGCUCGGCAUCAUCUCAUCCUCAAAGAAGCGUUGGACCACCGGAGCGGGAAGCCAUUGGAUUGGAUGGGUUAA